AUGGCCUUUCCACCAGAAAUGCCCCGAGGGGCGAUAGAUUGGGGUGGAACACCGGUCGCUACUCCAGGGGAGAUUGGAGAAAGCUUGAAAGCCCAACAGAAGCCUACGAUUGCCCAGGCGUACGACCUUGUCGAAGCCGACUUUUGGCGCCACAGGCACCUUCCAGCUGGAUCAGUACUCACUUUUGCCGCUGGGUUCAUAGAGGAAUCCGCUGCGGGAGAGUGCGCCGUGCUGGUGAAGGAGAAGGAGAUGCAUGGAGACUCCAUCUGGCUGAAAGUGCGUUGUCUGGGGACCGAAGAAAAAGAUUUUCAUGCAACGUUUAUUCAGUUUUUCAAAAGAGGGAAGACCCAGAUUCAUCUCUGCUACGGCCCUGCUACAGACUGCCAAGAGUACGCCGACGAGGGUUGCCACAUAGACAAGUUUGUGUGGUUUCCUCCAGGCGACUUCAACGCACCAUGGCUCAGCAGUGCAGCCAAGAAGGCAGUGAAAGAAGGUGCAAAGAUGGCCGAAGAAGAGGUGAAGGCCGCUGGGGGCGGGGCGCCUCCGCGGUCGGCUUUCACGAAGAUGGAGGAUCGAUUGAGACGGCUGAAAGAGAGCCAUCAUGUCACCUUCGAUGGGGACGUGGCGCGAAACAGUGGUCGCAUGGCCGAUGGCGAGCCGGAGACACACCGGGGUGGUGCUGGGCGUGGUCGUCGCCCCUGCACCUCCGGACUAAAAGCCUUGACGGACGGCAAGGUGAAGCAGGAGACAAUCGCCAUCGACUCGGAUUCAGACAGGCCGCAGAAAAAGAAGAGGUCAUCCAGUUCGAGGAAUGUGGAAGACCGUCUGGCUCGAGCAGUCACAGAGAGACUUCACCAGGGCGAAAAGAAGGAGAGAAAGAGGAGCCGCAGCAGAUCACGCAGGAAGCGUUCCAGAGGACGGAGACGGAAGAGGCGACGGUCAAGCUCCCGGUCAGAUUCGAGGGAGAGCAGAUCAGGGAAGUCGGAGAGCUCGUCAGAGAGCCUGAUACCACCCUUGAAGAAAAAGGCCCAGAAAGAUCCGGGGUCUGUCUUCCGGCUAUUAGAGCAACAAGCGAUGGAACAGUUGGCACGAGAUGGUGUGAUGGAGGAGGACUACAUGACCGAGUCGCGAGAGGGGCGGCGUCCGAAGAUCUUCACCUUCUUCCAGCUGGCGUUGAAGCCGGGGCUGGACACCAAGUCGAGGGACUGCAGAGAGAUCAGUCUCUUGGCGCGGUGCUUAGACAUGCUAAGAGAAGGCCGCUUGGCCAAUUUGGCCGACACUUUGGCCGCAAGGCUGCUGGCGGUGGAAACGGCCACAAGGCAAGGAUGGGCCACUGCGAGACACCUAGAGGUGUUUGGCCCAGAGGAGGAGGGGCCGGUCCCGCCUCAUAUCCUCUUGUCGGCCCAACGCCACCAGAGGCAGGUGGAGAAAGCCGGAGGAAAAGGCAGUUGGCCAAAAAGCGGCCAAUGGAACUGGGGCGAGUGGCAAGCCGACAGCCGUCCCAAGGGCAAGGCCAAAGGCGACAAAGGAAAAGGCAAACGAGGCAAAGGAAAGAACAAGGCGAAGGGCAAAGGAGAUGCGGGUAGCCUGCCUGGUGACACGACCUUUGAAAGUCAAGUGCCACCCGUGGCGGAAGCGGCAAUGGUAAGUGUGCCGACGCGCCCAAGCAGCCUUUUGGAAGUGGAAGCCACUGGACCGGGCUCUGGCGAGGUUGCGGCUGCCGCUGGCCUUCGUUGCCCUGCGGCCUACACGGCCGGCUGGCUCGAGGAAUCGGACCAGCGGGCUGUUUCCCCUGCCGGUCAUGGCGCUUCCGUGCCUGUGGAACCCUUCGUGGUGGGCCGCACCAAGUUCCUGCUGGAGCACCCGCUGGAGUGCCUGCGGGAUAGCUCCGAGCGGGCUGAUACUCCCUGUCAGGCCCGGGUUCACAUCAAGGCUGGGGAGUCCCUGGCCGUUUUCAAACUUUUGGAAGAGAGAGGGAUUGUUGAUUGGGUUCCCGCAAGUACUGCCUUUAGUGAUGAUCGGGGUACCUACCUUAACGGCUUGUUUGGAGUUGUGAAACAGGGUCGCUUUACGGCCGAAGGGGUGCUGCUGAUGAAAGGCUUGCCACCUGGCCUUGAAGUGCAGCGCGUACACGGUGUUCCCCGCUGGUUUACUCAAACCGUUGCGGAGUCCACGGGGGACAGAGCUUGGUGGCAAGUUUAUCUUGACAAUUUUAUGUCGGGUCAAUCCACCAUGACGGCACAGCCUUUGAUUGGAAAGCUGCUCCAAGAAGAGGCCAUGCAAGCAUGGUGUGAUGCCGGCAUCCUCACUGCCGAAGAUAAGCAACUAUUGAACGAGCCGAGCGUGGUGGAGCUUGGAAUCAGGUUCGAUGGGACGGAGAAGCUGCUGGGGGCUUCCCCCGAGCGUGUCUUCCGGACCAUACUUGCGACAUUGCACAUCUUGGACGCUGGGCGAUGGAGCAAGAAAGACGCUCAAGUUGUGUUGGGCAGGUGGAUCUUCAUCUUGCAGUUCCGUCGCGCUGGGAUGGGUUGCCUCUCGCGCGCGUGGGACUGCUUGAGGAGCACGCAGCCCACCCCCACAGAAAGACAGCGUCUGAGCCAGGAACUUUUUAUGCUGAUUGGCAUCAGCAAUUUGCUGCAGACAGAUCUUACCCUGGAGUAUGACAACGAGGUCACCUGCAGUGACGCGUCAGAGGGGGGUGGUGCUGUAGCUCGAGCCACAGACUUGACCUGGUCGGGCAAGUCUUACGUUGACAGGGGCCUCCGAGCCGAGCUGGGACCAAUUGACUGUCCCGUGCUGCUUAUUUCUUGUUUUAAUGGCAUCGGAGGGUGCUUCCGCAUUUACGACAUCCUAGGUGUCAAAGUUAUGGGCAUGGUGUCGGUAGACGUGAGCCGCGAGGCGAAUCGUGUCACCAGGAGUACCUGGCCUCAGGUGGAUGAACAUGACGACAUCAAUGCCAUCACACGUCAGGACGUCUGGCGCUGGGCUAACAGCUUCGCCCGUGCGCUGGAGGUACACGUGUGGGCCGGUUUCCCAUGCGUGCACCUGUCCUCAGUGCGGGCGUUCAGACAGAACCUUUAUGGAGAAGGUUCCAAUUUGUUCUGGCGUUUAUUGGAACUUUUGGGAUGGAUACAAGAAAUUUUUGGAACCUUUGCAAAGGUGAAGUUUUGCAUUGAGAACGUGGCGUCCAUGGACGAAGCAGCCAGACGGCAGAUCUCAGCUGAACUGGAAGUGAUGCCGGUUAAGCUUGACCCGGCAGACUGCGAAGAAUGGGGAGCCAAGUUUCCCACUUUCACGAAGUCCAUAAAACGGACAUCGCCACCUCCAGUGCCUGCUGGCUAUCGCCGUGCAACGCCGGAGAUGAUCCGACGAUGGACAGAAGACUCUUUCAGGUUUCCCCCAUAUCAAUACGCGGAAAAGUUUUUGCUGACGCAUCCGUCGCAGCCUGCGCGACUGCUGGAUAGCUCAGAGCGCGAGAGGUUCCUGCUGGCUGGAAAGACAGCCGAGGAACGCAGGCAACGGCGCGCUGGGUAUCGGUUGAGGGAUUUCAGUAUCACCUCUAAGACCCGUGCGCGCUAUGAACAAGCGGUCGGGAGAUUACUCCCCUUCCUGGAAGCCCAAAAGGACCUCAACCACCUGGAUGAAGUCCUUUGUGAGUGGAUUGAAUUGCAGUGGACCAGAGGGGAAUCAGUCAAUGCAAUUGCAGAUACUCUAUCUGGUUUACAUUUCUACUGGCCCCAGGUGAGGGGUGCGUUACGAGAAGCCUGGCGGCUUUUCAAACAUUGGCGCAGGAUCGAAGCCCCAUCCCGUGCGCCGCCUUUGACGGUACUGCUGGCCAAGGCGAUCAUUAGCCGUGCAGUCCAAAAAGGGGAUCUUUGCUUUGCUUGUAUUGUUGCCCUGGCAUACCAUGCCCUGUUGAGAACGGGUGAGGUGCUGGCAUUGCGUUUUUGUGACCUUGAAUUCCAUCUUCAAUGCGGUGUAGUUUCCUUACAGCAGAGCAAAUCUGGCUCGCGCUCAGGCUCACAGGAAGCGGUCGCACUCCGAGACCGCUGUACAUUACAACUUUUGGAUACGUUGUGGACUUGUCAACGACACUUUCCUGGUCAGAAGAUCUGGCCUCACUCGGGCCAAGCUUUUAGGAAACGCCUGCUCAGCUAUUUCCGACGCUGGAAAAGCAUCAGUGUCGGGCGUCUUUAUUUACAGGAUGGCCUGGCGCAGCUACCUUCCUUGCGUAUUCCUCCGUGUGAUUUGGACAGGAUCAAUUCCUUUGCGGGCGAAGUGUGCCCAACAGCAUUUCAUCCUUGA